AGAUGUGUUUGGUUUCUUAUAGAACUGUAUCUGAUGAUGAUCUCAUUGCAAUUUCUGAAAACUGUUUUUACCUAGAACAGCUCGACAUUCUCGGAAACUCUGAUAUUUCUAAGAAAUCUGCGGAAAUGUAAGCUUUAUGUUACGGUUUAUAGAAGGUAUAUUAGGGUUUUAUAGUCAACCGGUUAUUAGCAGAAGUGUAAGUCUUGUAAAACAAUUAUUUUUAGGGUCCUUAUGGAAUGCAAGCAUCUCAAGUUUUUUGAUGUGUCGUUCUGUUCUGAUCUGGACGAUGAGUGGUAUCGUGGGGCUAAACAACGUUACCCACAUGUGGAUUUAAAGAAGAGUGCUCAACAUGUUCAACCUCGAGAUUAAUUUGAGUUUAGAUGCAAUCCUAGCUUCGUUCAAAAAGAUGGCGAAUAUUGGGCGAGGCUCUAAAGGAAGCUAUAUAUAUAUGAAUGGAAUUUAUAUUAAGGGGGGAGCAAAAAACCCUAAGAUUUCAAGCUACAAAAGAUGUUCGCAACCUAGUUGAUUAUUGGGUUGUGAUUAUUGUAGACUCGCAGUCACAUACAUUACAACUCAAGAUGGUACUGAUGGCAGUGAGAGACUCGCAAGCUUUUAUUCAAGAUUUACUGUCUCAAAGACACUUUCAGGGUAGUAUAAAAAUUUUGAAUGAGUUUCAAUCUUUGUCCAUUACAACUAUGUAUCGUGUCUCCUAUGGCCUUACGAGUCGAAACUUGAUUGUUAUCUUAAUUUUUUUAUGUUUCUGGUGUUAUAUAUGCAUGUACUCAAGUG